CCACCCCCACCCGCCCCCCCUCUCUUCUCUGAAACUCAAAAAUAUCAGAACCAGAGCAGCCGUUACGGAAAGAAAAAUGGACCGGAUCAAGGGACCAUGGAGCGCCGAGGAGGACGAGGCCCUACAGAGGCUUGUCCAGAAGCACGGCCCAAGAAACUGGUCCCUGAUAAGCAAGUCCAUUCCGGGCCGGUCCGGGAAGUCGUGCAGGCUCAGGUGGUGCAACCAGCUCUCACCGCAGGUGGAGCACAGGGCGUUCUCACCGGAGGAGGACGACACAAUAAUCAGGGCCCACGCGCGGUUCGGGAACAAGUGGGCCACAAUCGCCCGACUCUUAUCGGGUCGAACCGACAACGCGAUUAAGAACCACUGGAACUCAACGCUUAAGCGCAAGUACGCGUCCAUGGCCACCGAAGAGGCUGAAGGGUAUGAUGGGAAUUUCACUCAUCAGCAGCCGUUGAAGAGGUCCGUCAGUGCCGGUUCGGGUUCGAGCGUACCGGUUUAUUUGAACCCGGGUAGUCCGUCCGGGUCCGAUUUGAGCGAUUAUUCCAGCGUUCCAAUUUUGUCCUCGUCGUCUCAUGUGUACCGACCGUUGGCGAGGACUGGCGCCGUCGUGCCCCCCAUGGAAACGACGACAUCGUCGCCUCCGGCGGCCGUUGACCCGCCGACCUCGUUGUCUCUGUCCCUCCCCGGUGUGGCCGAGUCGUGCGAAUCGUCGUGUCAAGCAGUGGCGGACGCGAUGACGAUACCUCUAUUCCCGGCGAUGGCUCCGGCGGUAGCGGAUAGCUCUGCGGCGGCGGUGGUGAACCGGGAGGAGGAUCGGGGACUUGGGUUGGUGCCGUUGAGUGCGGAGCUAAUGGCGGUGAUGCAGGAGAUGAUAAAAAAGGAGGUGAGGAGCUAUAUGUUGGAGCAGAGUGGUGGUGGUGGGAUGUGUAUGGGUAUUAGGGACGAGGAUUUGUUUAGGAACGUCAAGAGAAUUGGGAUCGGCAGGAUCGAGUAGUAGUGACAGUAGUAGUUAGGGAGGGGCCUUUGCUGUUUUCUGUUUUUUGCUCUGGUGUUUAGGAAUAAGUUUGGGCAAUGUACAGAGAGAGAGAGAGAGAGAGAGAGAGAGAGAGGGGGAGAGAGAGGGGGAGAGAGAGCUUGAAGUUGAAUCCAAGCGGUAAAGUUCGGAAAAACUCGAACUUUUAUCUUUCUAUGGCCGCCCUGGCCUUGUUCUGCAGGUGUUGGAAACAAAAACAUGCAACUUAAAAAAAAAAAAAAAAAAAAAAAAAGGAAAAAGGAAUUUAUGAAAUUUCUCGUUCUAAUCCUUCCUUCAA